AUGCCAGUUAGUGGCAUCGGCCAAGCCGUUGUGAAUGUGCGAUAUUCAGUGUCAGUGCAAUUAUCAUCUCGUUUCGGAUCACUUGAGCACACUUUGGACUGUCUGGUGCUGCCAAAUCUAACCGUCAAUCUGCCAACUAGGACGGUACACAUCAGUGCAUGGAACGUCCCCAAACACUUGCCAUUGGCGGACCCACAAUUCAACGUUUGCAAUGGCAUUGACAUCAUCGUUGGGGCUGAGCUGUUCUCCAUGAUCCUGCAAGCGGAGCAAAUCUGCUUUAACGCACACCUUCCAGUUCUACAGAAGCCUGUUUCUACUGUCGAAAGUCUAGACGCUCAAGUUAAGAAAUUCUGGGAUGUGGAGAACUUCGAUCAAGGUAAGGUUUACACUGCCUUGGAACAGCAGUGUGAAACCCAUUUUGCAAGGACGCAUAGCCGGAAUGCUGAGGGACGCUAUGUAGUGCGGCUUCCUGUUCGUCAAGAAAUGUUGCCUCUAAUUGGCGAAACGUGGUCCACGGCCGCUCGAAGACUCAACUUUGUGGAAAAACGCUUCCGUGCCGACGCUUCCCUUCGCUCCAGCUACGUGCAGUUCAUGGAAGAAUAUCAGCAGCUCAGUCACAUGGAGGAGGUGCAGACUCGCGUCGCGUUGCCCCACCACGCAAUCUCUCGUCCCGAUUCAUCAACCACAAAAACAAGAGUCGUGUUCGAUGGGUCAUGCAAGAGUAGCAAUCAUCUUUCAUUGAACGACUUGCUGCUUACAGGUCCAACGGUACAACCUACUCUCUUGGCAAUCGUUCUCAUCUUUCGCCUCCAUCGAUACGUCAUGACAGCGGACAUAGAAAAAAUGUACCGACAAAUCUUGGUACAUCCCGACGAUCGACCACUACAACAAAUACUUUGGCGCCAGCAUGAGGCCGAUCCUAUUAGACAGUACCGUUUGAACACUGUUACUUACGGUACCUCAUGUGCGCCUUUUCUCGUUACAAGGACUCUGAACCAGCUUGCAGAAGACGACGACAAGGAUUUUCCACUAGCAGCGCCGAUCGUGAAGGAAGGCUUCUAUGUAGACGAUCUGCUGACUGGAUCCGACAGCUUGGAAGCCAUAGUGGAAUCAAGUAAACAGUUGAUCAGUUUACUCAGCAGAGCGGGAUUCCCACUCAGAAAGUGGAGUGCCAACCACCCGGCCAUUUUAGAACACAUUCCGGAAAAGGAUUGUGAAACGUUAACAGUACUAGAGCUUGACCAAUCACCUUCAAUUAAAACUCUGGGUCUUUUAUGGUUUCCAUCGGAUGAUACGUUCGGUUUCAAGGUUCCUCAGCUACCAAAACUUGACAGAGUGACUAAACGCAUCGCUCUCUCUGAGAUGUCUCAACUUUUCAAUCUUUUGGGCCUCGUCGGAUCAGUAGUCGCCAGUGCCAAAAUGUUCGUUCAGCAGUUGUGGCAGGAGAAUCUGAAUUGGGACGAUGAGCUUCCGAAUAAGUUACAAUCCUGGUGGCUGUCCUUCCGAGCAUCCAUUGGAGUCAUAAAAAAUCUUCGUGUGCCUAGAUGGGUUCUAGGCUCUCCUUCUGAUUGCUACGAUCUUCAUUGCUUCACGGAUGCUUCUGAGAAGGGAUACGGGUGCUGCAUUUACAUCGUUUCAACUGCCGGUAGUACAAAAGCAAGCCACCUUCUUAUCGCCAAGUCUCGUGUAGCUCCAGCAGGUGGGCUCAGAAUUCCACGUUUGGAACUGUGUGCUGCUGUCCUGGGAAGCCAAUUAGCUGAUAGUGUUCUCAAUUCGACUAAAUUUACUGGAAAGGUGACGUUUUGGACAGAUUCCACCAUUGUCCUUCACUGGAUAACUUCCCCACCUUCUACAUGGAAGUUAUUCGUGUCAUACCGCAUCGCAGAAAUUCAACGGCUUACUAAGAACUUCCAGUGGCGUCACAUCCCUACCACAGACAAUACAGCAGAUCGAAUAUCUAGAGGAGCAGAGCCCCAGCAGCUACUGCAGGAUAUUCUUUGGUGGAGUGGACCACCUUGCCUGUUACUUUCAGCGGAAGAUUGGCCAGAUUCAAUUUUUGCAUUGUCACCAUCUAUGAUUGAGCAGCAAGUGACCGAACGCAAGUCAACCGUUGCCCUUCAUGUGUAUUCACCUGAUGAUUCACUGAUCCAUGCAUAUUCAGAACUUGCUCCACUGCUGAGGAUUACAGCUUACUGCAAGCGAUUCGCAUCUAACUGUAGAGCUGCCAAACAAGAUCGUAAUUCAGGAAAGAUAACGCUACACGAAUACGAUAAUGCCCUAAAAUCGUUCAUCAGCCUUUCGCAACAAACUGCCUUCAACGUGGAGCUGCAAUACUUGCGUUGUCAAGAUGGAGGCAAACGUUCACUAAGGGAUGCUCAAUUCAAGUCGCCCACCAAGAACCUCGAUUUGAUGUUUGAUUCAAUUGGUCUACGUCGCAUCCAUGGACGUCUUUCGGAGCUACCAGGAUCCUACGAUAGCCGUUUCCCGAUGGUCUUAGAUCGAUCCAUCAUCAAACACUUCAUGCCGGACCUACGCAACUACUCGCGACAAUCAGGCAGCGCUUCUGGCCAGUUCGUGGCAGGGACCUUGCUCGAAGGACAGUCCACCAUUGCGUGA